CUAUUUGAUGAAAUGCUUUAGUUUCGAUCUGAUGAUGGAUGACUUGAACUGUAUUGCAAACAUGUCAUUUUUGCAAAUGCUUCAAUUUCCCUUACACAAUUGGUAUCUACAUAUCCUGGACCCUUGAUGCUAAUUUCAAUCUAGUGCCUACAUCCUCAUUUCAAGAAAAGGCAUCAUAAAAGAAGGGUUGUGCAAAAGCCUUUUUGGAUUCAAUUAUAAAUAGGUGGAUUCUUGAGGAAAGGUUCUUGUCCAAUACAAUGUGCUUGAAGUGGCUCUGACAUGAGAAAGCUGUUGGAUGCAAUGUCUUGUAGACUUGGCACAUUGACAACCUAUCCAAGCUUGCCUUCUGAUGAUAUGAUUAAUGAUGGAUGGUUACCGAACAAACCAAUUGGUAUUAGGCGUUUAGGACUGAGAAAUCCAUGAAGAUUUCAAACUUAAGCUGAAGUGAUAAAGAUAUCAGCCUUUUCAUUCAUGUUUGACUUCAUACCAGCUGAAACUACAUAUACUUGAGGGGCAAUUGCUUGAUCCUCAUCCCUUUUUUCAAAGAUUUCAUUCUCUGCCUUUCUUCACCUAGAUAUGCUGGAAACUCUUGUAUCGCCUAAGUCCAAGAUUGGCAUUCAACAUACAUGAUAUUUGAACCUAUUCUUUAUCAGAGUGGAAAAAAAAAAAAAGCUACUCCCCAAUUUGUUGUUAAUUCUUGACUUUGUGCCAACACAUUGUCAGUAGUUAAAAAAACAUGUUGAAAUCUCGAAAAAUUUCAAAUUCAAGUUGCCAUAAAUACCAUGUAACUAUUUGUAUAUGUUUCUGUAAACUAACGAGCAUUUUCAGUAAAAUGUUGUGUGGAGAAACAGAGAUAACAGAACUAAAACUUGACCCUUCCCAAAGAUUCCCAGAAGACUUCUCCUCUCUCCCAUUUUCCAUUUAUAUUUCCAUUGAACCCUCCAGGGGUUGAGUGAGUUGAGAUUCACUUGUGAGGGUUUAAUCUUGCACCCGCAAGCAAGAGUUUGUUCCGGUUUAAUCUUGCACCCUGAGUGAUCUUGGGGGUGUGUUGAUUCCUUCAAGAGUUUUAUUGAGAGGAUUUGUGGGGUUUACAUUGUAAAGGGGUGAGGUUUGAGAGAAAUACUCAUCUUCUUAUAAAAGGAUUGAGUGGCUCCUUUAAGCCACCCUUGUCUUUCUUAGUGAAGAGUGUGGAGGAAAUCCUUGGUGAGUGAAGUCAAGGUAGAGGACUAGGCUCCAAGUGGUUGGAUCGAACCUCUAUAAAUUCAUUAUGCAAGC